UCUCAUCAGUUUCACUGGGAAGACUUCCGGUGUGUGUCAUGGCGGCGGCAUGGUAAAGCCUGUUUUAAGGGGAAAAUAACCAACCCGUUCUGUCGUUACCCGACAGCGGUUUGGAAUCGGUUUAAGUUCUUAUUGGACAGGAACGUGCAAUACAUAUUGGAAUUGCAAUAACUCAUUUGCAGUUUCCGCCCGGCCAUGGCGGCACAUAAACCAGUGGAAUGGGUCCAGGCCGUGAUUAAUAGAUUCGAUGAGCAGCUUCCCAUCAAAACUGGGAACAUCCAAAACACCCACACCAGAGUCAGCACAGAGCACAACAAGGAAUGUUUGAUCAACAUUUCAAAGUACAAGUUCUCUCUUGUCAUCAGUGGCCUCACCAACAUUCUAAAAAAUGUCAACAAUAUGAGGAUAUUUGGCGAGACGGCUGAGAAGAACCUGUACCUCUCUCAGCUGAUCAUACUGGACACACUGAAGAAGUGCCUGGCAGGGCAAUCUAAGGACUGUCUGCGUCUGGACGAGGCCAUGCUGGUAAAGCAACUCCUCCCAGAGAUCUGCCACUUCAUCCACACGUACCGCGAGGGCCACCAGCACGCUACAGAGCUGCGUAACUCCGCCUCUGGGGUCCUGUUCUCCCUGAGCUGCAACCACUUCAACGCUGUCUUCAGCCGCAUCUCCACCAGACUUCAGGAGCUGACGGUGUGCUCAGAAGACACUGUGGAUGUCCAUGACAUAGAGCUCAUGCAGUACAUCAAUGUGGACUGCUCCAAGCUCAAAAGACUGCUCCAAGAAACUGUUCUAAAAUUCAAAGCCCUCAAGAAACCUGCACAACUGUCCGUCAUUAACAGUUUAGAAAAGGCUUUCUGGAACUGGGUAGAGAACUACCCUGCUGAGUUCACAAGACUCUAUCAAAGACCACAGACAGACAUGGCUGAUGCUGCAGAGAAGCUCUUUGACCUCGUUGACAGCUUUGCAGAAAGUGCCAAGAGGAAGGCGGCAGUGUGGCCCCUGCAGAUCAUCCUCCUCGUCCUCUGUCCCGAGAUCACACAGACCAUCUCAAGAGAGGUGGUGGAAGAGAGCAAGGCCAAUAAAAAGCUGUUCAUGGACAGCUUACGGAAGGCUCUAGCAGGUCAGGGUGGCAGCAAGCAACUCACGGAAAGUGCGGCCAUCGCUUGUGUCAAACUUUGCAAGGCCUCCACCUACAUCAACUGGGAAGAUCAUUCUGUCAUCUUCCUCUUGGUGCAGUCCAUCGUGGUGGACCUCAAGGCCUUGCUUUUCAACCCAGCAAAGCCUUUCUCGCGGGGGGCGGGCAGCCAGAGCGCCGACGUGGACCUCAUGAUUGACUGCUUUGUAUCCUGUUUCCGUAUCAACCCCCACAACAACCAGCACUUUAAGGUCUGUUUGGUCUCCUCCUCCCCCUUCACCUUUCACUUCGUCCUGGUCAACUCUCUGCACAGGAUCAUCAACAAUUCCAACCUGGAUUGGUGGCCGAUGAUAGACGCUGUGUACUGCUAUUCUGGGGAACUGAGAUGCAUGUUUUCAGAGACUCUGAGCAAAGUGACACAAGGCCCCAACACACACGCACCGAGUCUGACGUUUAAGGACAGGAUGACCACCAGCCUUAAGUUCAAAGAGAAAGCCACAGAGCUGGACACACGCAGUUACAAGUGUCUCCUUCUCGCCCUGGUCAAGCUGAUCCACGCCGACCCCAAACUGAUGCUGCAUAACCCAGGGAAGCAGGCUCAGGAGAUCCAGAGCAGCUCUGUGGAGCUUAUCACUGGCCUGGUGCAGCUGGUGCCCUUUGCCAACACGGCCCAACUCUCCCAGGAGGCCAUGGAGGCUCUGCUAGUCCUCCACCAGCCAGACACCAUUGAGCUGUGGAACCCUGAUGCCCCAAUUGAAACCUUCUGGGACAUAAGCUCCCAGGUGCUGUCUACCAUCUGCGAUAAGCUGAUUAGUCACCAGCUCGUCAACAGCACAGAGGUGCUGAAAUGGCUGAGGGAGAUCCUGAUCCGCAGGAACAAAUUCCUCCUCAAGAACAAGGAGUGUGCCACCCAUGGCAGUUGCAUUCCUAUCUGCCGGAGGGCCCAAACCAAGCUGGAGGUGUGCCUCUACCUGUUCCUCUGGAGCCCUGACGCAGAGGCAGUGCUGGUGGCCAUGUCCUGCUUCCGUCACCUCUGUGAGGAAGCUGACAUCCGCUGCUCUGCAGACGAAGUGCCCGUUCAGACCAUCCUCCCCAACUACGCCACCUUCUGCGAGUUUGCCUCGGUCAGCAACAUGAUGGCGACCAGCCGCUCCACCCUACAGAAGAGAGUGAUGGCCUUGCUGAGGAGGAUCGAACACCCCACCCCUGGGAACACUAAGGCAUGGGAGGACACGCAUGCCAAAUGGGAGCAGGCCACUAAGCAGAUUCUUAACUGGCCAAAAAACAAAGUGGAGGAUGGUCAGGAGUGGAUCAACAUGACCGGCUUCCUGUGUGCCCUGGGUGGGGUGUGUCUCCAGCAACACAACACCCCUGGUCCAGUCACCUACAGCCCGCCGAUGGGCCCCAUGACAGAGCGCAAACACUCCAUGAUCUCCGUGAUGUCCUGCGAGGUGUCUGCAAACUUUGCCGCCUCUUCUGCCUCCUCCAAUGAAACGCCUCUGAGCAGCUUCCUGGACCGCCUCCUGGCGCUGUUGGUGUGUGGGCACGAGCGGGUGGGCCUGCACGUGCGGACCAACGUCAAAGAUCUGCUGGGUCUGGAGCUCAGCCCGGCGCUCUACCCCAUGCUCUUCAACAAGCUCAAGAACAGCAUCGGGAGGUUCUUUGACACGCAGGGCCUGGUCCCCAUCAAUGACACCAACACCCAGUUUGUGGAACAAACCAUUGCCAUCCUGAAGAACCUUCUGGACAACCACACAGAGGGCAGCUCUGAACACUUGGGCCAGGCCAGCAUAGAGACCAUGAUGCUCAAUCUGGUCAGGUAUGUGCGUAUCCUUGGCAACAUGGUGCACGCCAUCCAGAUAAAGACCAAUCUUUGCCAGCUAGUGGAGGUGAUGAUGGAGAGACGAGACGACCUGUCCUUCUGCCAGGAGAUGAAGUUCAGGAAUAAGAUGGUGGAGUACUUGACAGACUGGGUGAUGGGAACUUCUAACCAUGCUGCAGACGAUGGGAUCAAAUGCCUAACCAGGGACCUGGACCAGGCCAGUAUGGAGGCGGUGGUGUCUUUGUUGGCAGGGCUGCCUCUCCAGCCAGAAGAGGGAGACGGUGUUGAACUGAUGGAGGCCAAGUCCCAGCUAUUCCUCAAGUACUUCACAUUGUUUAUGAACCUGCUGAACGACUGCAGUGAGGUUGAGGAUGAGGGCCAGCCCGUGGGCGGCAGGAAGAGGGGCAUGUCGCGGCGUCUGGCUUCCCUGCGCCACUGCACGGUGCUCGCCAUGUCCAACCUGCUCAACGCCAACGUGGACAGCGGCCUCAUGCAUUCCAUAGGUCUGGGCUACCAUAAGGAUCUGCAGACACGGGCCACCUUCAUGGAGGUGCUCACCAAGAUCCUGCAGCAGGGGACGGAGUUUGACACUCUGGCCGAGACGGUGCUGGCUGACCGCUUCGAGAGGCUGGUGGAGCUGGUCACCAUGAUGGGUGACCAGGGCGAGCUGCCCAUCGCCAUGGCACUGGCCAACGUGGUGCCCGGUUCCCAGUGGGACGAGCUGGCGCGUGUGCUGGUGACGCUGUUUGAUUCGCGUCAUCUGCUCUACCAGCUGCUGUGGAACAUGUUCUCCAAGGAGGUGGAGCUGGCUGACUCCAUGCAGACGCUCUUCAGAGGCAACAGCCUGGCCAGUAAAAUAAUGACCUUCUGUUUCAAGGUGUAUGGUGCUGUAUACCUACAGAAGCUUCUAGAACCUCUGCUUCGAGGGGUCAUCACCACCCCAGAAAACAUCAGCUUUGAAGUAGACCCCACCAGACUAGAUCAAGGGGAGAACCUGGAGGAGAACCAGAGGAACCUGCUCCAGAUCACAGAACGCUUCUUCCUGGCCAUCAUCAACUCAUCCAGCGAGUUCCCCCCUCAGCUGCGGAGUGUGUGCCAUUGUCUGUACCAGGCUACUUGCCACUCUCUACUGACUAAAGCCACAGUAAAAGAGAAAAAGGAAAACAAAAAAGCAGUGGUUAGCCAGCGCUUCCCCCAGAACAGCAUUGGUGCAGUAGGCAGUGCCAUGUUCCUGCGUUUCAUCAACCCCGCCAUUGUGUCACCCUACGAGGCGGGCAUCCUGGACAAGAAGCCCUUGCCCAGGAUAGAGAGAGGCCUCAAGCUCAUGUCUAAGAUUCUGCAGAGUAUUGCCAACCAUGUCCUAUUCACCAAGGAAGAGCACAUGAGGCCUUUUAAUGACUUUGUGAAAAGCAACUUUGAUGCAGCUAGUCGGUUUUUUUUGGACAUCGCAUCUGAUUCUCCGCCAAGUGACUCAGUAAACCACAGCCUGUCUUUCAUCAGUGAUGGCAAUGUACUGGCCUUACACCGUCUACUGUGGAAUAAUCAGGAGAGGAUAGGCCAGUAUCUAUCCAGCAACAGAGACCACAAGGCAGUAGGCAGGCGACCUUUUGACAAAAUGGCCACCCUCCUUGCUUACCUGGGUCCUCCUGAGCACAAGCCGGUAGAUGACACUCAUUGGUCUAGUCUUAACCUCACCAGCUCCAAGUUUGAGGAGUUCAUGACAAGGCACCAGGUGCAUGAGAAAGAGGAGUUCAAGGCCUUAAAGACCCUUAACAUCUUCUACCAAGCUGGCACCUCCAAGACUGGCAACCCUGUCUUCUACUACGUUGCUCGCAGGUUCAAGACCGGACAGAUCAAUGGUGACCUGCUGAUCUAUCAUGUCCUCCUGACCCUCAAGCCCUACUAUGCCAAGCCCUAUGAAAUUGUGGUGGAUCUCACGCACGUAGGUCCCAGCAACCGCUUUAAGACGGACUUCCUCUCCAAUUGGUUUGUGGUCUUCCCCGGCUUCGCCUAUGAGAAUGUGGCAGCUGUCUACGUCUAUAACUGCAACACCUGGGUGCGGGAGUACACCAAGUAUCACGAGAGGCUGCUGACCAACGUGAAGGGCAGCAAAAGGCUGCAGUUCAUUGACUCACCGGCGAGGCUGGCAGAACACGUCGAGUCCGAUCAGCAGAAACUGCCCGCAGCUACUCUAGCCUUGGAAGAAGACCUAAAAGUCUUCCACAAUGCUCUUAAGUUGGCCCACAAGGACACCAAGGUCUCUAUAAAGGUGGGAUCCACUGCUGUCCAGGUGACCUCGGCCGAGCGGACACGUGUCCUCGGCCAACCUGUCUUCCUCAACGACGUGUACUACGCCUCUGAGAUUGAGGAGAUCUGCCUGGUGGAUGAGAGCCAGUUCACCCUUACCAUGGCCAAUCAGGGCACGCCACUCACCUUCAUGCACCAGGAGUGUGACGCCAUCGUUCAGUCCAUCAUCCACAUCCGAACCCGCUGGGAGCUCUCCCAGCCUGACUCCAUUCCUCAGCACACCAAAAUAAGGCCCAAAGAUGUGCCGGGCACACUGCUCAACAUUGCCCUGCUCAACCUGGGUAGUUCCGACCCCAGUCUCAGGUCUGCUGCGUACAACCUCCUCUGUGCCUUAACCUGCACCUUCAACCUGAAGAUUGAGGGCCAACUGCUGGAGACUUCAGGCCUGUGUAUCCCAGCCAACAACACACUGUUCAUAGUCUCUAUCAGCAAGACUCUAGCUGCCAACGAGCCACAUCUCACUCUUGAGUUCCUGGAAGAGUGCAUCUCUGGUUUCAGCAAAUCCAGUAUCGAAUUGAAACACCUGUGUCUGGAGUACAUGACACCCUGGCUGCUCAACCUGGUGCGCUUCUGCAAGCACAACGAUGACGCCAAGCGCCAGCGCGUCACCGCCAUCUUGGACAAGCUGAUCACCAUGACCAUCAAUGAGAAGCAGAUGUACCCUUCUAUCCAGGCUAAGAUCUGGGGGAGCCUAGGCCAGAUUACAGACCUGUUGGAUGUGGUGUUGGACAGCUUCAUCAAGACCAGCGCUACAGGCGGCCUGGGCUCCAUCAAGGCUGAGGUCAUGGCGGACACAGCUGUAGCUCUAGCCUCUGGGAAUGUCAAGCUGGUAUCCAGCAAGGUGAUUGGUCGAAUGUGCAAGAUCAUUGACAAGACGUGCCUGUCACCCACCCCAACCCUGGAGCAGCACCUAAUGUGGGAUGACAUCGCUAUCUUGGCACGCUACAUGCUGAUGCUGUCCUUCAACAACUCCCUGGACGUAGCGGCUCACUUGCCCUAUCUCUUUCACGUGGUGACGCUGCUGGUGGCCACGGGCCCCCUGUCCCUCCGAGCUUCCACGCAUGGCCUGGUUAUCAACAUCAUUCACUCACUUUGCACCUGCUCCCAGCUUAACUUCAGUGAGGAAACCAAACAGGUGCUCCGGCUGAGCCUGACAGAGUUCUCCCUGCCCAAGUUCUACCUGCUGUUUGGCAUCAGCAAGGUCAAGUCCGCCGCUGUCAUCGCCUUCCGUUCCAGCUACCGCGACCGCUCCUUCUCCCCGGGCUCCUACGAGAGAGAGACCUUUGUCCUGUCCUCGUUGGAGACGGUCACCGAGGCCCUUCUGGAGAUCAUGGAGGCAUGCAUGAGGGACAUUCCAGGUUGCAAGUGGCUGGACCAGUGGACUGAGCUGGCUCAGAGGUUUGCAUUCCAGUACAACCCCUCUCUGCAGCCCCGGGCGCUAGUCGUGUUUGGCUGCAUCAGUAAGAGGGUGACCCACAGUCAGAUCAAACAGAUCAUCCGUAUCCUCAGCAAGGCCAGUCCCCUCCUCAGCAUAGACCGGGGUCUAGAGAGCUGCUUAAAGGGACCUGAUAAUUACAACAGCCAGGUUUUAAUUGAAGCUACUGUCAUCUCUCUGACUAAGCUGCAGCCUCUUCUGAGCAAGGAGUCUCCCAUGCACAAGGCUCUGUUCUGGGUAGCAGUUGCCGUGCUCCAGCUAGAUGAGGUCAACCUGUACUCAGCUGGGACGGCCCUGCUCGAGCAGAACCUCCACACGCUGGACAGCUCGCGUGCCUUCAAUGAUAAGAGUCCUGAAGAGGUGUUCAUGGAGAUCAGGCGCCCCUUGGAAUGGCACUGCAAGCAGAUGGACCACUUUGUGGGUCUCAACUUCAGCUCCAACUUCAACUUUGCCCUGGUGGGGCACCUUCUUAAGGGUUACAGGCACCCAUCCCCCACCACAGUGGCACGAACCGUGCGUAUCCUUCACACAUUGUUGGCUCUGGUGGGGAAGCACCUCAACUGCGAUAAGUUUGAGGUCAACACCCAGAGUGUGGCCUACCUAGCAGCCUUGCUUACCGUGUCAGAGGAAGUUCGCAGUCGCUGCAACCUGAAACACAGGAAGUCCUUCCUGCUGUCUGACAUUGAAAAUGUGACCAUGGAUACCUAUUCUCUCUACCACAGUGACCCGAGCUGCAGGACGCUACGAGAGAACCAGCCGUGGGCUUCUCCCAAAGUGUCGGAGCGCUACCUAACCCCGCACCACUACCCCACGGUGGGCCAGGUCAGCCCCCGCACCCGGAAGUCCAUGAGCCUGGACAUGGGUCAGCCCUCCCACGCCAACACCAAGAAACUGCUGGGUAUGGCCUCCCUUAACUGGACACCAUGUCCUCAGAAUUCACUUAAGUUUUUUUUAAGCUGUAUUUUCCUUGUGUUCUUAGGCACCAGGAACAGCUUCGACCACCUCAUCUCGGACUCCAAAGCACCAAAGAGACAAGAGACAGAGUCCGGCAUGACCACCCCUCUCAAGAUCAGGCGUGUUGGAGAGAACAAUUAUGAGAUUGAGAGCCAAAGAAUAGGCAACUCCCAUGUCCGUGUGGUGUCUGUAUCAGAGUCCAACGUUCUCCUGGACGAGGAGGUGCUGACUGAUCCUAAAGUACAGGCUCUCCUGCUCACUGUGCUGGCCACCCAGGUCAAAUAUACAACGGAUGACUUUGACCAGAGAAUCUUGUAUGAGUAUUUGGCUGAAGCAAGUGUUGUCUUCCCUAAAGUCUUUCCUGUUGUCCACAAUCUGCUGGACUCCAAGAUCAAUACACUCCUGUCCAUGUGCCAGGAUGCCAACCUGCUGAACCCCAUCCAUGGCAUCAUCCAGAGUGUUGUCUACCAUGAAGAGUCACCCCCACAGUACCAGCCCUCCUACUUACAAAGCUUUGGCUUCAAUGGACUUUGGAGGUUUGCCGGGCCCUUCUCAAAGCAAACCCAGAUCCCGGAUUACGCCGAGCUGAUAGUGAAGUUCCUGGAGGCCCUGAUUGAGAGCUACCUGCCGGGCACGGAGGACGAGAGGGUGGAGGAGCAGCUCCGCACCCCCACCUCCCCCUACCCACCUGUCACCCAGAGCCAGCUCAGCAUCACCGCCAACCUCAACCUCUCCAACUCCAUGACCUCACUGGCUACCUCCCAGCACUCGCCAGCCUCUCUACCUUUCUCUAAGUCUGCCGUUUUUCGCCACACCUCCUCGUCCUCCCAGGUGUGGACAAGGAGAAUGUCCAACUCUCCCCCGGCUCUGCCUUGUCCACCAGUGGACGGACUCGCCACGGUUCGGCCAGCCAGGUGCAGAAACAGCGCAGCGCUGGAAGCUUCAAGCGGCCCAGCAUUAAGAAAAGAGUAUGAGCCAGAAUACUGAAAGAUGGAUAGAACAUUGCCCUCCAAAGGUCCCUGGCCGACUGUGCCAGACAUUAUGCUGCACUUUUUCAAUGUACUCUUUCUCUUUCCUCUUCCCCGCCCCACCUGUCUCUUUUUGGAUGGUCAAGACUGCCUGACGAUUGUUUAAUUGAUUGAACUGGCUACAUUUUGUGUUAAUCGAUCCAAUUAUUUUUAUCAGAAGCUCUGCACGAGUGUAGACAGAGGGAAAGAUGUCAGGGGAACCCAUUUCUACAUGUUUGUGUAGAAACCCAUUGUUUUUUUUUAUGUGAUAUUUCUAACUGCAAAGAGUACUGAAAGUCAUCAAGGUGUGGCAGAGGAUGAUUAAUAAGUCAUUCUUUAAUUUAUCGAUUUUUAUCUAUAUAUACACACUGUGUGUAAAUAGAUUUUAAAAAACGAUCUAUGUACAUACACACAGUUAAUGAACAUGACAUUACAUUUUGUAGGGAAUAGCUGCAAUGUAUGACAAAGGUUUGGGAUGUGUUGAUCCUCAUUUUUUGCACAUAUGGGCAACAGAGACCUUUUAUCUUUGUUAGUACUCCGAGCGCCACGUAGAACUACAAUACCCAGACCCUGAGGGACACUACACUCGGUGGUUUGGAGAUGUGUGGCUGAAUGUGUACUGCUGAGGCAGUCCCAGUGACAGGAAGGCCAAGGUACAGACCACAGUAUACCCACAGUCUGAGCUCCUCUGAACCCCACCCUAUGUUACCUUUUCCCACCCAAGAAGAUGCAGUGGAGCCAUCAGUCACAUGACCACAAGUCAUGGAGUAUUGUUUAACUCACCAUCUUGGUAUGUGUAUUUGUAUGAAUUUGCCAAUUGUAUUCUUCCCAGAUAUGUACAUAAAAUAUGUAUAUAUAUAUAUAAUAUAGAAAAAGUGAUAUAUAUAUACAUAUAUACACACACUAUUCCAUAUGGCAAUGUUGUGUCUCACACGUUGACGUUUUAUCCAUGGUGUGCCUUCAUUAGGGUUUUCCAAUGUGUAUAAUUUGUAAAAUAAAGAAAAAAAAUCGUAUUCUGGGUAAACGGAACAGGUACUAAUUAUGGAGACAUGUUCACACUAAGCAUACAUGUGGAAAAGAGCUGCAUUUUAAACGGUAUCUAAUUAUCGUCAAAUAUACAAUCAUCAAUACCCUGUUGCCUAUUAGUAUUUAACCUGUAGAGCUACAUUUAGUCAUUUAGCAGACACUCUUAUCCCGAGCUAGAUAGGCCUUAUGAAUUAUGAAGUUAUUCUUUUUAACACUUGACAUAUACAAAUAUAAUCUGAGAAACACUAGAGGGACAAGGCAGACUUGUAAAUAGUAUAUGGCCUUUAUUUUAUUGUUAUGAAUCAUGUUUCCUGUGUGUACCUUUGUAUGUUUGAUUUAUUUACAGUUUGGCCACCAAACUAAAUCUGAUCCAGCCCAUAUAAAAGACUACAUGAGGAUUAAAUAUUCACUGUAAUGAUA